CCUCUAAAUGAUGAAAAAAUGUAAAUAAACAUAAUAAGAUAUCUUAUUCUUAGUCAUUGUUUGUAAUCUAUUACAUAUUUAGAUAAUGUGGAAUUCUUAUAAUUUCUAAGAAAUGUAUACAAUUACGAGGCUAAUUUGUUUGUUAAUUUUUAAAACAGCUUUUAUCAAAGCUGACACUGAAUGUUUUCAACCGAACACUUAUAUCACACAAAAAAUAAGCAAUGAGGGUUUUCACAGGGAGAUUAAUUGGCUUAUUGAAAUAUCCGAACCACCAGUAGAAGAAUGGGUUAAAUCAUCAUGUAAUGUAGCUUUAAGAUUGGAUGUACCAAAUGGGAUGUAUGUUAAUCCAGAUGAAGCCUUCAAUUUAAAUGAGACUGAAUAUUUCUCCAUUCGAGUAAUAGGAAAAGUGGAUGUGGAAGUACCAUCCCAUGAAGGCAAAGAACAUAAAGUAAUGAUUUACUUGAACAACAGCUUCAUUAACAGGGUACAAAUAAAUUUGCCAAUCCACUUGCGUUAUCAGAGGUCACAAAUCACUGGAGGGUAUGGAAAAGUUUAUCUACAAAAACCCAGUUUAUUAGUUUGGUGUCCAGACAGCUUAAACAAAAUAUGUCAAAAGGGCUUGAAAGUAGAUGCACCAUGUUAUCAUUUUGGUUCAAAAAGAUGUGUUUGGAAAAAUAUUACUUAUGACGCGCUUUUCGAAGACGCCGACUUGUUUGUACCAAUUGGAGAUUUGGACCAUUAUCCAAUAGUUUCAAUUGUGACAUUAUUAUUGGGAUGUGCAGGAUCCAUAUACGUUUUAUCUAUAUUAUCCAUGACUCCUCUUUAACAUUCCUAUCUAUUGUUAAUAAUGUGGUUCAUUCCUUCUAAUAAGACUGCAGUUUGUAUUGUGUGUAAGGAUAGUUUACCCUGAGAACAGUACAAAUCCGGACCCAGUUUGUGAAAUUAUCGACGCAAGAAUUACUCACCUGUUCCUAAAUUGUCAUCACCAUAUUGUAUAAUGUGAAUCAAAAGGGAAAUACAACAUAUACGUCAUCGUAAUCUACUUGUACUGUUUUUUCAGUGAACAUACCAUAAUAAUCUAGUCCAAUUGAUUGUAGUAAAAUUAAAAUAAAUAAAUAAAAAGCCAGUAGUAUCAAAAAGUA